GAGAGAGAGAGAGAGAGAGAGAGAGAAAGAGAGAGAGAAAGAGAGUGUGAGAGAGGAGAGAGAGAUUUUGAGCAGCAUUUAUAUCCCAGACAUGCAGUAGAGAGAGAGAGAGACCCAAGUUAGAAGAGAUAGAGGAGGCAGUGACUUGUGGUGAGAGUUAAAGAGCGCAGGAGAUGCUGAGAGAUACAGAGACAGAGACACACUCACUGUUGUUCAUUGCUUUUGGAAUUUGGUGCCCCAUUAGGCUGCUGUGUGAUGUGGAGGUGAUGGGACUGAGCCCAAACUGAAGAGAACUGUACGAUUUGAGCACAGAUAGAGAGAGAAGAGUGAAGCCCUGCACCUGCUAAGAAGAGCCUCCAGGAUUCGCACCCACACUGCUGAAGAAGAUGCUUGUCUCCCUGCUGACCUGUGUCCCCCUCAUUCUCUUCCUGAUGCACAGCAAGUGCGUGUUAUCUGGAGCCAAGCAUCCUGAUAGGAAUGACUUUGAUCUCUCACCCACCAUCCAGAAACUUAUGAAAGGCUACAACCAUUACCUGAGACCCAAUUUCAAUGAAGGUCCGAUAGAGAUCGGGAUGAGCCUGGACAUCGCGAGUAUUGACGCCAUCUCUGAAAUCAACAUGGACUACACAGCGACCAUCUUCCUGAGGCAGCGGUGGACGGACGAGCGACUCCUCUUCGAGGGCAAUAAGAGCCUGAGUCUGGACGGACGGUUAGUGGAGCUUCUCUGGGUACCAGACACAUUCAUCGUCGACUCCAAGAAGUCAUUCCUGCAUGACAUCACUGUGGAGAACCGCCUCAUCCGAAUCUUCAGCAAUGGCACUGUGCUCUACGCACUCAGGAUAACGGCUACAAUUGCCUGUAACAUGGACCUGACCAAAUACCCCAUGGAUCGGCAAGUGUGCACCCUGCAGUUGGAGAGCUGGGGCUAUAAUCUCCAGGAUGUGGUUUUCUACUGGACGCGUGGGAACGAUUCAGUGAAAGGUCUAGACACACUGCAGCUCGCACAGUACUCAGUGGAGAGCUACUACACCUCUGUAUCACAAGCUGUGUAUGAGACAGGUUUCUACCCCAAGCUGGUCCGCCACUUUGCGCUGCGGCGUAACAUCCUGUACUUCAUCCUGGAGACGUACGUCCCGUCAACGCUGCUGGUGGCGCUGUCCUGGGUCUCCUUCUGGAUCAGCCAGUCUUCUGUCCCAGCCCGCACCUGCAUCGGGGUGACGACAGUCCUGACCAUGACCACCCUGAUGAUGGGCGCUCGCACCUCCCUUCCCAACGCAAACUGCUUCAUCAAGGCUAUUGACGUGUACCUGGGGAUCUGCUUCAGUUUCAUAUUUGGGGCUCUGUUGGAGUAUGCCAUUGCACACUUCUGCACUGUGCAGCACUUCACUCUCCAGGACGUGCAGCGGGAGCUUAGGAAAGAUUUAGAGGAGUCAAAUGGGACGCUUCCAGUCAUCAGCACCAGUUUCGCCCACCCCAGCAAGGUGGUGAAGCGAAACAACACCCAGAAGGACUGUGUGAGAGUGAUGACUCCUGGAGAGGUGGGCUCAAAGGCAGAGCUGGGCCUGGGUAAUGGGCAGUUCUUCGUGGCUCUCAAUGGGAAGGUUCAGCGAAUUCUGGCUUUCUUCCAUGUGGAAAAUCCACACAAUAUUGACCGCUAUUCCCGCAUGUUCUUCCCCCUGGCGUUCAUGUUAAUCAAUGUUUUUUACUGGAUCUAUUACCUCUUCCUCUGAACACGCACUGUACCCCCUACAUUUUUAAAGGGUGUAUACUUGGAAUAGAAUGGACGAGUUGAGUGGUCUCCUUUCUUAAUUGCUAUUUUAAAAGUAUCCAACUGUGAGCCUGUGUCGGGUGAAGGCCAUCCCUGUGGUUAUGUCACCCAAGGUACAAGGGGAAAGAGACCAGGUACUAAAGUAUUUAUAAUCAUUUCCAUUGCUUCUGCAGUGUUGUUAUUGCAUACAACUGGAUCCUCAAAGUAAAAAUACAUGAAGGACUGCAUAAGAAGGUUUAUGUCAGACUGCUGUCCACCACAGAAUCUAUCGACCUAUAUUAAGCAUAUCCUUUGCUAAAUAAUCUAGGCUGGAGUUAAAUAUUUAAACCUCUUUAGGACUCAGAAGAGACUGCUAUAUUGCAGCAAACAAAUGGACCUGUCUCCCAAUGUCUGACACGCUGUCCUUUUUCGUUCUUCCCAACUCCUACUUGUGAAGUGCCUCGGGACAGACUUAAUCAUGCCCGUUUUUACAUCUGAAGUGAAAAUCUGUGGCUGGCAAACUGAGGUUGCCUUGGAAACUUCUCAGCUGAAACAUGAUAAAUCUGCUAUCAGACAUUGAUCACUUCCACAUUAACUGAUGCACAUUAUUGAGGAAGGGACUAGGGAAUUCUUCAUCCGAACUAAAGAAAUAGUUCUGCUUCUCAUUUUAGCAUAUUAUAUAUUCUCUUCACUCUGUCUAAAUUCUUCACACAUUUUUCUUCCAUGCCUACCAACAGCAUUGUACAAUCAAAUCAAGCACGCUCAAAAGAUGUGUGCACUUCAUGGACAUUACUGAACUUUGAAUGAUCGAUUACCGGAUUCUGCUGAGUCAACACCACGGUUUGAACGAACAUGUAGCUGAAAGUAACAUUUUCACCAUUAAUUUCCGUUUUUUAAUUACCAUGCGCAAAUAAUGCCUAUGGGUCACGUGAAUAGAAAAAACUGCCUAGAAGAUGCUCUGUGCAUUAAUGAAUCAGACAAUUGCUUGCAUCAUCAAUGAUGAAGGUUCAGCAGUUUCAGAUCAGAUGAUACAGACUCUGAUUGAUUACACUUUCCUGUUAUACUGCAAUCCAUAUUUUGGAUUUUGUUUUUAGACACUGCUAUGUAACUCAAGCAUGUUUCUGUAUUGAAUAUUUUAAUGCUAUAGAGCUACUUUGGAUGCUACGUUAAUGUAUUAUUUUGUGUUGUGUUUUCACACUGGACACUCCAAUUUCUUACUUACAGAGAUUAUGUAAAGCCAUUUAUUUUAGUGGACCGAAAAAUGCACGUGUUUAUAUAUUUUUUUUAAUAUAGUGACUUUUAUUCUACCGUUUCUCACCCACAGAUUGGCAGAAUCCGAUAUAUAUAAUAUGUGAUUAAAAUUCAGAAUAGAGACAUAACCUGCUCAUCAUUUAGCUGCAGUUAGACAGCUGGGAAUUUCAGUAUUACUAACUUAUUAAUUUAUUUAUGAGGAAUAUUUACUGCAAAUAAAAUGUCUGGAACCUAAAUAAUAUAAACAGUAAUUAUUGUUAGCAGCAGUGCAUUGUAAACUUGCUGUAUACGUACCUGUGUAGCAUGUGGGGGUGGGGGGGCGGAGAUUACAUCCCUCGCUUCUAAAAGGUUUGGUUAGGUUCGUGCCGUUUUUCUGUGGUACAGUAGGUAUUUGACUGCUGUUUUUUUUCACCUGUUAAUGGAGCUACUGUUUUUCAAUGGGGUCUGUAUCUUUACUUUUUUGAUUAGGAUUUAGGGACAGUAAAUGUAUGUUUUAAAAAAAUAAAUAGCCUUU